CAUGAGUUUUUUGUUCAUUAGAUUCCUGAUUCAUCUGUACCUUUCUUUAUUGCCAAUAAAUAUGUAGAUAUGAGGGAUAAAUUCUGAUUAAGAAACAUCCACAUCUGUUCUAAUAGAAGUAAAAAUGACGGUGAGCUACACCAGUGAAGUGAUAACUUGUUCUGGCAUAGGAGGAAACUUCUUAAAACUUUUGGGAAGAUGGAAAGGAAGUGUAUAUAAGAUUGUAUGGUCAGAACUUAUACUAUACCUGUUUUUAUACUAUUGUCUGAAUCUUUCUUACAAAUAUGUAAUGUAUGAUCGCGCCAAAUCUUAUUUCGAAGAAAUAGUACAAUAUUUCAGCAAAAAUGGAUCUCUUAUACCUGUAAGUUUUGUACUAGGUUUUUACAUAGAUGUAGUAAUGGAAAGAUGGUGGGAUCAAUUCGGUUCAAUACCAUUUCCUGAUAGCCUAGCAAUAAUAGUGGGAGCAAGCAUUAAAGGAUACGAUACUAAAUCCAGAGCAGUGAAACGCAGCAUAGUAAGGUAUGCUUGCGCCACAUUCACUAUAACGUUGACCAUGAUAUCCUCCAAAGUGAAAAAGCGUUUUCCCACAUUAAAUCACUUGAUACAGGCUGGACUUAUCACGAGGGAAGAGAAAAAAAUUAUAGAGGAAUUGGAUAAUGAAAUACCUUAUACUAAAUAUUGGUUACCAUUGGCAUGGGCUUCAAACCUUGUUAUUUCUGCCAGAAGAGACGGUCUCAUAAGAGAUGAUGAGUGUGUUGAUAAAAUUCUGGACGCUUUGAACGAAUUUCGAGAAAAAUGCGCCAAACUACUUGACUACGACUGGAUAAGUGUUCCAUUGGUGUACACUCAGGUAGUCACAAUCGCUGUAUACUCAUAUUUCUUAAUUUCCGUGAUUGGUAACCAGCAUAUAGACGGCAAAAAUGAAAAUUUUAUAAGCUCAUACUUCCCUCUACUUCCUGUAAUGGAAUUCUUCUUUUAUAUGGGCUGGUUGAAAGUUGCAGAAACUCUGCUGAAUCCUUUUGGAGAGGACGAUGAUGAUUUCGAAGUUAUGUGGUUGAUAGAUCGACAUUUACAGGUUGUUUUCCUAUUAGUCGACAAAAUACCACAAAAAAUACCUAAACUAACGAAAGAUAAGUUUUGGAAUGAUUUAGUUCCAAUUUGUUUACCAUUCACUAAGGCUUCAGCUGAUUACAUGAGAAGGGGAUGUCCAAUACCUUCAACAAAAAAUGUAAAAGUUACUGAAAUUGAGGAGGAGAUGAUAAUACCUCAAGAACGACAGAUGAGUUCCGAUGAGAAAGAAGGUCAGCUGAUGGAUAAGAAACCGAAGACUUUUCCAUUUAUCCUUAAAAGUGUUGCAAUCGGCGAUAAUCCAGAUUCUGAAGACCUUGAUGAGAGUAUUGAAAGGAAUGAGGACGUAAUAGUAAGGAGUCAACCACAUUGCGAAAUAUUUGAAGAAUUAAGACGUAAAAGACAGGAGGAACAUGAGAGAAGAUUGAAGAAGUUCUUUUCUUACCUUAAUUCCAAUAUUCCAUCAACAUCGCAAAAUAAUGCACUGUGAUAAUAUUCUCCAAGAAAUUUUAUAUUCACUGCUUGGAAAUAUUUGAUGGAAAAGCAAUUAUCAAAUUCAACAUAUCGUUAUCGUUCCUUUUAUUCUGUAUUUUUGCAGAAGAAUUAAUUGAAAUUAAUUACGUAUAGGUACUCAAUUUUAUGGCCAUUUGUGGUGAAAGAAAUUUCAAUGAAUAAAAUUGGGGUGUUUUUUUUAGAGCUAUAGAACU